AUGGGAUCGUGUAAAUUUUCCAUGUUUUGUUUUCUAUGUUUGGUCAUUGUGUCGUUUGUGGAGGUGGAAGGAACUAUGAGUUCUCAAAUAAUGAAAGAUCGAGCUUCAUUGCUCUCAUUCAAGAAGGGAAUUGUUUCAGACCCUGAAAAAGCUCUUGAAACCUGGAAAUCUCCAGGUGUUCAUGUCUGCAAUUGGACUGGUGUGAAGUGCAACAAUGGCAGCGACCAAGUAAUAGAACUUGAUCUUAGUUCAAGGUCUCUUCAUGGCACUAUUUCUCCUGCUCUUGCAAAUCUUUCUUCUUUAUCCAUUCUUGAUCUUUCAUGUAACUCCUUUGAAGGUCACAUUCCUGAAGAGCUUGUAAACCUUGUUCAACUCACUCAACUUAGCCUAACCUGGAAUUUUCUUCAAGGUAGCAUUCCUGAGAAGUUGGGGAACUUGCACCAACUUGUUUAUCUUAAUCUAGGAGGUAACAGGCUUGUGGGAAACAUCCCUCCUUCACUCUUCUGCAACAAGUCUUCUGCUUCAUUGCAAUACUUAGACCUCUCGAACAAUUCCAUAAGUGGUGAAAUCCCUUUGAAGAAUGAAUGUAAGCUUAUAAAUUUGAACUAUCUUCUCCUUUGGUCUAAUAUAUUAGAGGGCAAGAUUCCUAAAGCUCUUGCAAACUCUUCGAAACUCCAAUGGCUUGAUUUGGAGUCGAAUAUGUUCACCGGGGAGUUGCCUUCAGAGAUUAUACAUAAAAUGCCACAGUUGCAAUACCUCUUCUUGUCUUACAAUGACUUUGUUAGCCAUGAUGGUAACACUAACCUUGAACCAUUUUUUGCUUCUUUAGUUAAUUCCUCUAACUUUCAAGAACUUGAAUUAGCUGGAAACAAUCUUGGUGGAGAGAUACCUUCUAUUAUUGGUGAUCUUUCAGCCCAACUUCUAGAGAUUCAUCUUGAUGAGAAUCUCAUUUAUGGCUCAAUCCCUCCUCACAUUUCUAAACUUGUCAAUCUCACCCUUUUGAACUUGUCUAGUAACCUCUUGAAUGGAACCAUUCCACCUGAGCUGUGUGCCAUGAAGAAACUUGAGAGAGUUUACUUGUCAAAUAAUUCACUUUCUGGUGAGAUUCCUUCAGCUCUGGGUGAUCUUCCUCAUCUUGGUCUUCUUGAUUUAUCGAAAAACAAGUUUUCGGGUUUGAUUCCAGAUAGUUUUGCUAAUCUUUCCCAGCUGAGAAGACUUUUGCUUAAUGAAAAUCAGCUCACAGGAACAAUCCCUCCAAGUCUGGGAAAAUGUGUUAAUUUAGAGAUUCUAGACCUCUCUCACAAUAGAAUUUCUGGAAUAAUUCCAAGUGAAGUUACAGGAUUGAGGAGCCUGAAGAUAUACUUAAACUUGUCCAACAAUCUCCUGGAAGGGCUUCUGCCAUUGGAGCUGAGUAAGAUGGACAUGGUGCUUGCAAUUGAUCUGUCUUUGAAUAGUCUCUCCGGCACAAUUCCGCCACAGCUUGGAAGCUGCAUUGCCCUGGAAUCUCUCAAUCUUUCUGGUAAUGUCUUGGAAGGCCCUCUUCCAUCUUCAGUAGGCCAGCUGCCUUAUCUUAAAGAAGUUGAUGUGUCAUCAAACAGAUUGUCCGGUGAAAUUCCGGAGUCUUUCCAGGCAUCGUCAACUCUGAAGGAACUCAACUUCUCUUUCAACAAGUUCACUGGAAACGUUUCCAGCAAGGGAGCCUUUUCAUCUCUCACCAUGGACUCUUUCCAGGGUAAUAAUGCCCUCUGUGGAUCAAUAAAAGGCAUGCCAAAUUGCAAAAAGAAACAUAAUUUUCAUUUGGUCAUUCUGCCAAUUCUCCUCACACUGUUUACUUCUGCUGCAAUCAGCAUAUUCGGAUACCCCCUUGUACGCAGAUCAAAAUUCAGAAGGCAACUGUCAGACUUCAAAGGAGGAGACCUUGAAGAUGAAGAGAAAGAUAAAGAAGAGCCCAAGUAUCCUAGAGUCUCCUACAAACAACUCAUUGAAGCCACAGGAGGGUUCAGUCCUUCAAGCCUAAUUGGUUCAGGCCGGUUCGGCCAUGUCUACAAGGGAAUUCUUCAAGACAACACAAGAAUUGCUGUCAAAGUUCUGGACUCAAAGACAGCUGGGGAGCUCACAGGGAGUUUCAAAAGAGAAUGCCAAAUCCUGAAGAGGACAAGACACAGAAACCUGAUAAGAAUCAUCACCAUUUGCAGCAGGCCAGAUUUUAAGGCACUGGUUCUGCCACUCAUGUCAAAUGGGAGCCUGGAAAGGCAUCUGUAUCCAAGCCAUGGGUGCAGCCAUGGCCUGGACUUGGAGCAGCUUGUGAAUGUUUGUUGUGAUGUAGCUGAAGGGUUGGCCUAUUUGCACCAUUGCUCUCCGGUGAAAGUUGUGCACUGUGAUCUCAAACCAAGCAACAUUCUUCUUGAUGAUGACAUGACAGCUUUGGUAGCUGAUUUUGGAAUAGCAAAAUUGGUUAAAGGAGUUGAAGAGAGUUCUAAUGCUUCCAGUGAUCCAAUGUCCUUUACCUCAACAGAUGGAUUGUUAUGUGGAUCUGUUGGGUAUAUUGCUCCUGAGUAUGGAAUGGGGAAAAGGGCAUCAACAGAAGGAGACGUAUACAGUUUCGGGGUGUUAUUGCUAGAGAUUGUGACAGGAAGGAGGCCAACAGAUGUGCUAUUUCAGGAUGGCUCAAGCUUGUAUGAAUGGAUGAAACGUCACUACCCAGAUAGGCUAGAGCCAAUAGUUGAACAGGCAAUUGUUAGGUAUAAGAUGCCACCAUUUAAUUACAACAGAGUCAUUUGGCGUGAUGUUUUUUUGGAAUUGAUUGAGCUUGGCCUUCUGUGCACCCAAUACUCUCCUUCCACAAGGCCAACCAUGCUUGAUGUUGCCAGUGAAAUGGGUAGGUUGAAGCAGUAUCUCUCCAAUCCUUCCUCCUAUGUGAUUCAAGAAGCCACUCUUAAGGGAGAUGUUCUAGUGUGAUUAGGCUCAUUGAGUUUGAGAAAUUUGUGACUAUCAAUA